GCUUUCUUUCCCUGGUGCUUCCCUGCAUCUUCACCGUCUCCCCCAACAUGACUAAGCUGCUGGAAUGGCUGUUUGGUGUAUCGCUAUUAGGCGCUGCCUGGGCUCUGGUGACCUUCGACCUCCUGGACCUGCGGCUCCCCCAGACAUACAUGGAGGUGGCGUGGCCCAUGCCCGUCUACCUGCUGGUGGUGUUUGGCUGCUACUCCCUGGCCACAUUGGGCUAUAGGGUGGCCACGUUCAAUGACUGUGAGGAUGCCGCAAAGGAGCUUCAGGCUCAGAUAAAGGAGGCCAAAGAGGACCUGAGGAAAAAGGGACUGAAGAUGUGAAACAAUCGCAAAGACUCAUAAAAGACAGUGAUGGACAAUGAAGAAAGAGUUCUUUAUCAUGGAUCACUCUGCCGUUUUAUGUUCACAGGUGUUGGUUUAGGCACAGCAAUCGUUGUUUUGUUCGGUAACAGAAUGGUUGUCUUAUUCUUCAGGAUUUAGUGAGAAAUACUCUAAAACUAGGAAAUUACUAUCUGAAUGUACAAUCAUUCACAGCAAGUGCUUUGUGUUGACAGUAGUUAGCAUCCUGAUUGUGACUAUGUAACGCCAGUGCCAGAUGCGUUACAUUUCAACUGUGCACAUGAAUGGGCUGCUUUCAAGAUUUUGAUCUCAUCCUAUAGCACCAGCAGAAUAUUACAUUUUAAUACUGGGGGGGGAAAAGUUAUUUGAACAUUCCCAAAAGAAUACUAGUAAUAUAUGACAUAGUUAAAGCACUCUGCUCUUGUGUAGGUCCUUGUACUUCAGUAUAUAAAGCCCUAAUUGUCAGGCUGGACUAGGACUGGUAAGGCUUACAGUAGCUGUGUCUAGAUAAGUCUGAACAUGGAAUUACAUCCUAGUGUUUCUGAAAAUCAUCUUUGUCAUCAGCUUUGUUAGUUUUUUUUCAUGUUUAAUAAGUGCACAUUCCAUUGUAAUGUUUCAGACUUGUGUCCUGAGGCUGUGGUGACUUAAUAAAAGCGGUCUAUUUUUUCCCAAA